GCAGAAAGAGGGGUUUCUGAGGUAUGUUUUUCUGGGUUGCAUCCAAUCCCGUCUGUUUUUUGAGUUUCAAAAACUCUAAACCCUCAAGCUUGCUCGACGGUUUGGAAGCUGUAGUUGUUUUUGUUUAGCUGCUGAGAUUAAAUAUGUUGGCACCCGAACCCAAAAGGGCGAGGAUCUUUGGUCCGAAUCGUCGAGAAUUCAUUUCCCAUUAUGACCCAAUGAAAGCAAGAGCAAGACUGCCACAAUCUCAGGAUAUUCCUAUCGAAAUGAAAGGAGCUGUUUUGGAAGCGGCUGCUGCCGUUGUCAGUCUUGUAUCAACAGUAGGUGGGAAGAUGGUGCGUGCGGGUUCUGGGACCAUUAUAGGAUGUGAAGAUGUUAAUGGACGCACACUGGUACCAUUUUAACUAGUACUACUCUCCUUAGGUCAUCAACCGAACCAAAUGCUUUAGAAGAUGGCCUUGAGGUUUUUGUGUACCUAUGGGGCGGUAAACGUUGUUUGGGUCAUGUGUCUGCUUAUGAUUUUCAUUUCAACAUUGCUACCAUCGAUAUCACAUCUGAUGUAGCCUUACCUACUGCCUGUCCUAGAUCUUUAGAUGAUUCUAUCUCUAUAGAUCCCAGCAAGAUCCUUUGCCCUAGAGACAAUGAGGUGGCUUCCAAAUCGUUUCAGCUUCAUCGUCCCUCGGACUCGUUUAAAAUCUGUCCUGGAGAUAUGGUUGUUGCCCUUGCCCGCUCCUUUGGUGGAACCCAUGUGCUAACGGCUGCUCUUGGCAAAUUCAGUAUUGAUUAUUGCAGGUUUGACUGUAAAGAGCUUUUCAGGGCGAAUUGCAUUAUAGAAGAAAAUGGUAUUGGGGGACCCCUUAUCAAUCGUCAUUGGAGUCAAUUUUUAUGAUGAGGACUGCACCCCUUUUAUGCCAAUCAACAUAGUUUCCAAAUGCUUGAAGCAAUUUAAGAAAAAUCGGCAAUGCCAUCGACCUUGGCUUGGCAUGGAAUUGGCUAAUCUUUAUACGGCACGCUUAGGCAAGUUGGAAAAAGUUAUCUCAAAGUUCAACAUCUCUAAAGGUGUACUUGUCGAAGAGGUUAUAAAAGGAUCCCCUGCUAAACAAGCUGGAAUACUCCCGGGUGAUGUUAUUGUUGAACGCGGAAAAAAGUUUGUUCGAGGUUUUUUGGAGCUAUAUAAUGUUAUGUGGAAAAAGGUUGGGAAGUCUGUGAAGGUGGUUGUAAUAAGAGAAUCAAGUGCUUCUCUUUUGAAUCUGAAGGUGUUCGUUUAUGAAACUAGCCCAGAUAAAGUAAAUAGAUGGCCAGUCCUCCAUUCAGAGAUGUGUGAGAUCCGACGUCCUCCAUUCAGUGACGUGUGAUAUCCGACGUUAGUGAUUUCGACACCAGGAAUGUGUUCUUUGUGCAGUGGUGUUUUGUUGGAACUGGAAAUGUAUGAAUGUAGAUCCUUGCAACUGUUGGAAGCGACGUUUUGAAGUUUACGUAGUACUAAGUAUUUAUUUUUUGGAAGAUUUUGCUAGAGGUCCGAAGAAUUGAACUUUUCUGCUUAAGUUGAGAGAUAUUUAUGAUGUGGUAUUUAUUUUCUCCAUCUUA